AAUACCAUUACAGCCAAUGUCUCCCAUAUAGCCAAACUUCCAAAAAUUGCUUCAGUUAUGCACUGGGAGACGAAACGUUCUCAACAUACUCGAAAGACUCAACAGACUCCACAGACUCGACAGACUGAACAGACUAGACAAAAUAAAUAGACCCAAUAGACUUGAGGGUUUCAACUUUCUCCACAGACUCAAACAAUUCAAAAGACUCAAUAGAUUCAAUAGACUCAAUAGACUCUAUAGAUUCAGUAGACUUGACAGUUUCAACAAACCCGAAGACACAACAAACUCCACCGAUUAAAUUGACUCAACAGACUCGACAUACUCAACAGACUCAAUACAGUUGACGGUCUCAACUUUCCCACAGACUCAAAAAAUCAAAUGACUCAAUAGACUCAACAGACUCAAAAGAUUCGCAGACUUGACGGUCUCAACAUAUCCCACAUCCUAAACAAACUCAACAGAUUCAAUAGACUCAACAAAUUCACAAGUUGACAUUUUGACAUCUGAAUAAACCAAUGAAUUAGAUAUCAAACCAAGUUGUAACAAUAUGAAAAUAGAUAAAUCAACCCAAAUCAUUCUAAUAAACUUUGUCACCCCUGACGGUACCAAACCAACUUCAAUCUGAAGGCACCUCCCAACUCUCUCCUUGCAAUCCGUCUCUCCUGGAGGACGGGUAGUGUCCGUGGUGCUAUGUUCAUGUGCCAGGAUUAUAAUUUCAGGAUGUUUCCUCCUCCGUUGAGCACGCGCUUUCCAACAACAUGUCAAUUCGAAACUUACUGCAGCGCGCAAAAUAAAAAAAAAGAAGACAAUCCGUCAAUUUCCUGCCUGAUGUUACAUCGACGCCGCCGGGUCAUCAAGAAUCGGCACAAAUUUCAACCGAGUUGAAACUUGCUGUCGUGCAAAAUUGGCACGCGACAAAAACUUUGCGCGAAGUGCGUUUUUUUUCCGUGGGCUCGUCGUACCUGCGGGCACGAUAACUGCAAGCUGGUCAAAACCCGCCGAUCAAUAAAACCGACCCCCUUCUCGGAAGUGGUUUCAGUUUGGUAGCAGACCGUCCCGCUGGAAGGAUGAAGUUCGUGAUCGUGUUAGCCCUCGUCGUCGUGGCCACCCUAGGCCCGGUCCGUGCCGCGCCGGCCAACUCGGAUGCGCUCCAGGUGGUCGCCGCUGAGCAGGACGCGACCACCACCGACGAGAAGACGGUUGACGUUGAGCUGAGUGACGCCGCGACCGACAACAAACUGUCCGAGGAGCCAGGUACCGACGGUGACGUUGAUGAUACGCGUUCUAAACGGUCAGUUGCUUGUACCGAUAUCGUAGGCGCGAACGGCGAAACCGAAACCAUUUGCGACGAGGAUCAGGAUGCGGCGGCCAGCGAGCCGGACAACGCGCAGCAGCGGUACGCCGCCGGCGGCAAGGGAGGGGACGGGUACGGAAGCGGAUCGUACGGCGGUGGCAGCAAGGGAGAUUCCUCGUACGGCGGUGGAUACGGCGGUGCUGAUCACGGCAAGGGUGGAGAGUACGGUGGCCACGGAUCGUCGCACGGAUCGUCUUACGGUGGAUCGUACGGAGGAUCGCACAGCGAGUCUCACAGCUCGAAGGGCGGCUACGAGGGCUCGUACGGUGGAUCACACAGCGAGCAUGGCAGCGCCAAGGGCGGCUACGAGGGAUCGUACGGCGGAGCUCACAGUGAAGGAAAGGGAGGUUACGGAGGUGCUCACGGAGCAGCGAAGGGCGGUUACGAGGCAGCGUACGGUGGUCACGGAGAAUCGCACGGUGCUGGAAAGGGAGGCUACGAGGCGUACGGUGGAGCGUACGGAGGUCACGGAGCGGCUAAGGGAGGUUAUGAGGCAGCGUACGGAGGAGGAUCGCACGGUGCUGGCAAGGGAGGUUACGGAGCGGCGACGUACGGCGGUGGCCAUGGAGCAGCAUCACACGGAGGUUCCUACGGUGGUCACGAAUCGGCAAAGGGAGGUUACGAAGCAGCAUCGUAUGGCGGAUCUUACGGUGGUCAUGGAGCAGCGGCUAAGGGAGGUUACGAAGCAUCGCACGGAUACGGUGCAGAGAAGGGUGGUUAUGGAGCAUCGCACGGUGCGUCCCAUGGAUCGUACGGUGGAGCGUCUUACGGUGGAUCGCACGGAGGUGCAGGAAAGGGUGGUUACGGAGGUCACGGUGCUGCUGCCCACGGAUCAUAUGGAGGAUCUUACGGUGGAUCGCACGACGCCGGCAAAGGUGGUUACGAAGCAGCUUACGGAGGAUCUCACGGUGGUCAUGGCGCUUCCCAUGGUGCGUACGGUGGAGCGUCGUAUGGUGGAGCUCACGGCGGUGCAGGAAAGGGUGGCUAUGGAGGUCACGGUGCGGCAGCCCAUGGAUCAUACGGAGGAUCUUACGGUGGAGGUCAUGGCGCUGGAAAGGGUGGUUACGAAGCUGCAUACGGAGGAUCCCACGGUGGUCAUGGAGCGUCCCACGGUUCAUACGGCGGUGGUUAUGGAGGAUCUCAUGGUGGUCAUGGAGCGUCCCACGGUGGAUCCUAUGGAGGACACGAGUCGUACGGCCACGGAGUAGCUUCCCAUGGUGGCUAUGGAUCUCACGGAGGAUCUUACGGCGGCUCGUACGGCGGAGGACACGAAGCUUCUCACGGUGGCGGACACGGUGGAUAUCGUUCAGCUUCUUACUCAUCUGGUGCCGCACAUGGUGUCUCGUACGGUGGUUCCGGAAAGGUUUCCUGCGGAGCCAACCUGCUGGUCGGAUGCGCCCCAUCGGUGGCUAAGGUCCCAUGCGUACCGACCAAGGCCGGAGGCUACGGAGGAUAUGGUGCCGGUGGACACUACCGAUCUGUGCAGGCCGAAGAAAGCGACGACAGCGACAGCCCAGCCCCGUCGAUGUAAGCCAAAGUGUGUUCUGGAAAUUGUGUUCUUUUUGGAUACCAGUAAAGUGUUUGACAUGAAA